AUGAGUUUCUGCAAAGACUGCAUCCAAGGCGUACGUCACGAGGGUGAGCCUCAAGGAACGUUGGAGACUAUCGGUGGUGUUAGUUGCUACGUCGCCACCCCUACUGUCGACUAUGCCAAGGACAAAGUCAUCCUAUACCUGCCGGACGUCUUCGGUAUCGAACUCGUCAAUGCCAAGCUCAUCGUUGAUGACUUUGCAAACAACAGUUUCAAGGUCAUCGCGGUCGACUACUUCAACGGCGAUAGUCUUCCCGCUGAUGCAAUGAAUUCCGACACAUUUGACCUCAAGAAAUGGGUCGCCAACCAUGGUGCCGAGCAGACCCGCCCUCCUCUCGAUAAGGUCAUCGCCGCGCUCAAAGAGGAAGGUGUCACCAAGUUCGGGGUCACUGGAUACUGCUUCGGCGGUCGCUAUGCCUUUGACCUCGCAUUCGAGAACGUCAUCCAGUGCACCGUCGUCUCCCACCCCUCGGCCUUGAAGAUUCCUGAAGACCUCGAGACGUACUUUUCCAAAUCACAGGCGCCUCUCCUGAUCAACUCCUGCGAAAUCGAUCAGAUGUUCCCCGCCGGAGCCCAAGCAAAGGCUGAUGAAAUUUUUGGCGACGAGAAAUUCGCUCCAGGAUACAAGCGCGAGUAUUUCCCAGGUUGCAAGCAUGGGUUUGCUGUACGUGGGGAUAUGACAGACCCACUAGCCAAAGCUGGGAAGGAGGGCUCGUUCAAAGCUAGCGUGGAGUUCUUCCUGGAGCAUCUGUGA